AUGGAGGUAAAGGGGCUUAUGAUGGCCCCUGAAGGGAGAGCCUGGGCAGUGCCCCCUUCCCCAGGGAUCCCAUCGGCCCCAGAGGGCCCUCCCUGCUCCCAGAAGGCUGAGGACUCAGGAGCACAGCUUGGCCAGCCUGGUGUUCGUCUGGCUCUCCCUGUUCCUCUGGGCCUCACAUUUUCCCUUCUGCUGCUGCUGCUGCUGAUGCCUGCUUGGAGUUCCUUUAAUGACCAACUAGAAGAAUGUGGCCAUCCUGAUUGGCAGAGGACUGAAAAUAUGCAAGAUUCUAUGGAGUACAAAUGGCCAUGGCAAGUGAGCCUUCGACAGAAUGAACGCCAUGUGUGUGGAGGAGCCCUCUUGGCCCCAGAAUGGGUGCUGACAGCUGCCCACUGCAUUAACAGCAAUUAUGAUUACUCAGUGAUGAUGGGAGACACAAACCUCUAUCCUAGCAACUCCAGCACCUCCCAAGUCAUUCCUGUCAUGGACAUCCUCCUGCAUCCAAAGUACAGGAGUCGGACCUUAAUCAUCGGCGACAUCGCUCUUCUCCGCCUGAAUGCCCCUGUGCCCCUCACCAAGCAUAUCCACCCUAUCUGUCUGCCUUCUCCUCAGUUUGAUUUAAAGCCUGGGACCCAGUGCUGGAUGACAGGAUGGGGUGAAAUGAGAGAAAGUCAUAAAGCAGGUCAGCCAUUAUCCUCAAAGCUCCAGGAGAUGAAGGUCUUCAUCAUUAACCACAAGAAGUGUAAUCGAUUUUACCACAUUACUGCUCCUUCUCCCCGAUAUAUCCAUUUUGUUGUGGGAGCUGUGGUUUGUGCUAAAGGCCUUGGAAAUGACACUUCCUGCCAGGGUGAUCCUGGUGGCCCCCUUGUCUGUGAAGCUGAGACAACCUGGAUUCUGGCAGGGGUGGUGAGCUGGACAAAAACUUGUUCUCACCCUGAGUAUCCAAGUGCUUAUGCCCGAGUCAACAAGUUCUCUAAGUGGAUUAUAGGCCAUAUGAAGUACUCAGCCUCUCCUCUCCUGGAUUUCUCCUGGAUCACACUCCUUUUUGGCCUGCUGCUCUAUCUUUUUUGA